CCGCUACCAGGUACCUAAGCUUACCCAGGUACCUCUUGGUGUUGUUCUCUCUUCCUACCGCAGAUCUUUUGGAAACGCAUUGCUCAACGCCGCUGCCCGUCUUGAAUUUGCUCCCUGGCCUUCUCACACCUUCCUUGACUGUGGAAUCUCGCGCCUGCCUGGGCCCUUGACCCCCACAUCUCUCCACGCAGAGCCUCAGAUCGAACCGACCACCUAAAUUCACUCGCUGCUUGCCGCCCUCUCCCACAUCUGGAGGGCAUUGGUUAUUACAGAGGACGGAGGCGGAUUCAGCGGAGGAUGAAAGGGUCAGGUCACCGAUGGGUGUAAUACGGAAGAAGACCGCCUCGCGCGGCACGGAAGCUGGCACGAAGUACCACUGCGAUAUCUGCUCCAUCGACGUCACGUCAACGGUCCGGAUAUCGUGUGCUCAUCCCUCUUGCCAUGAAUACGACUUGUGUGUCCCUUGUUUUGCUGCAGGCGAAACCUCCAAAGCCCAUGAUCCGACCACGCACCCGUUCCAGGUUAUCGAGCAGAACUCGGUACCGAUCUAUCAGGAAGACUGGGGUGCGGAUGAGGAAUUGCUUCUGCUAGAAGGCGCUGAGAUCUACGGAUUGGGCUCGUGGGCGGACAUUGCGGACCAUAUUGGCGGCUAUCGCAGCAAGGAAGAAGUGCGAGACCACUAUGUCGAUACGUACAUCAAUAGCUCUUAUUUCCCGCUCCCUGACCGCGCGGAUCCGGAGGACACAAGUCUGCAGGAUUCGAUUUCAAAGGAGGAGUUCCAGGCCCGGAAGAAGCGCCGCAUCGAGGAGCGCAAGGAGGCGGCCAAGGCUGCACCUCCCACUACCCCGAAGCAGAAACCCACAGCCAGCGUGCCUGCUUGUCAUGAAGUCCAAGGGUAUAUGCCUGGGCGUCUGGAGUUUGAAACCGAGUUCUUGAACGAUGCCGAGGAAGCAGUACAACACAUGUCCUUUGAACCCGGGGCGGGAAUCAAUAUCGGUGGCGAGCCGGAUCCAGAGGUGGAACUGAAGAUGACUGUUGUGGAUAUCUACAACUCACGGCUCACAGCACGGACAGAGCGCAAAAAGAUCUUGUUUGAGCAUAAUCUCCUCGAAUACCGGAAGAAUACAGCGCUGGAGAAGAAGCGCACAAAAGAGGAGCGAGACCUGCUUAACAAGGCUAAGCCAUUUGCCCGCAUGAUGAACCGUGAUGACUUUGAUGAAUUUUGUAAAGGAUUGGAGUACGAACACAAUCUCCGGCUGGCAAUCACCCAGUUGCAAGAAUGGCGGCAAAUGGGGAUCGGAGACCUCAAAACUGGAGAGAAGUACGAGCAAGAGAAACAACAGCGCGCGCAACGCCUGGUUCCUCAGGGGUCCUUUGAUCGGUUUGCAAGCGCCCGUCCCAAGCAGACGCAGCAGCCCGAGCAACCGUCUGCAGCGAACCAGCUGACGACUCCGGAGCUGCCUCUACGGCUGCAGAAAAACACGGAGUCUAAUUUACCCUUUAACGAUUUCGAUCGAGCAUUUGCUAGCAACGGUGAUGGGGCCAGCACCCCGCAACCGACCAAGACAAAAUACGUGAUCCAGCCAUUGAGUGGUGUAGUGCCGUGGAAGCUGGAAGCCGAAAGCGCCGCAGACCUCCAUCUCUUGACCAAAGAGGAGAUUGAACUCUGCAACGUGCUCCAUGUCCACCCCAAGCCCUAUCUAGUCAUCAAGGAGACCCUUUUGAAGGAGGCCAUGAAACAGGGGGGUAAUCUCAAGAAGAAAGAUGCCCGGACCAUUUGCAAGAUCGAUGCUACGAAAUCGAGCCGAAUCUAUGAUUUCAUGGUACAUAGUGGAUGGAUCAACAAAGUGUAGAUUAUAUCAGAAAUGAGUCUUUGCUCCUUGUAUAUGAAUUAUGAUAUCCAUUUCUACCCCUGGAGGGGUUUGGUAUGGCGUUAUGGCGACAGCUAGGGAUGGAUUGAUCUCCGAAUCUAUGGCACAACAGAUUAAUGAUAGUUAUAGAAUAUCGAAUAGGUAGUGUUAUUACAGUAGCUGUCUAGAGUAGUUUAAUCGGAGGCA